AUGGCCACUACCAGAACGGAUGCCACCCGCAUCCGCGAUGAUAUGGCGACGAAACGCCAAAAUUCAUGGGGCUUCUGUUUCUACCGUACAUGUUACUACGACGAUGAUACACGGUGGGAGAGUUUCCUUGAGCGGAUGAAAGCAUUCGCAAAAAUGCGGCUACUGGAUUCUAGGACGGAGAACAAGAAUGGCGAUGGAGAAUUCCUUUUAGGCCAACUUGAAUGGAAUGUUCAAUCGGACCCCUCGCUAGACAAUUCUUCAUAUGAGGAAGUCUGGCGCCGCCACCGGGAUCUCAUGAAAUCUCUUCAGGGGGAAUAUUGUCCCGCUUUUGUCCGACAAGGAUACCCUGUCGUCGUGGAUAAAGAGGCCCUAGACUCUGUCCUAGAAGCCUCGUCACCAGAUGCAUGGACACCUGGUGAUAAUCUUAGGACGAUGGCCUACGUGAAUGUGCUUGAUAUGCAAUGGUUUGAUGCACAGGAUGAGCCGGAUAAUGGAAUUGGAUCGGAAGUUGGGUGGACGAGGGUUUCGGCUCACGAGCUAUAUCCUAGAUUACAUUCGUUACUUGCAGAUUUCCUAUGGCCGCAAGUCAUCUAUCGUGAUCCUCCCACGAUUUCUCGUUUACGCUAA